AUGCCCUGUCUCGUUAACGUUCCUGAUCACAAUCGAAAGGACAACGAGCACUUGGCUCUUUGGCACAGCGUUCGGCACGAUGACAAGAGAUCCUGGAUUCGAAUCCCAGGUGGUUCACACGUAGGAUUGGGUAAGAGAGGCUGAAGUCGGUUACUAAGUCAAAAAUGGUCAUUCCGGUCCGCAUUGUGUCUGCCGAUACUCCAUCAUAUGCAUAUGUUAGUAGUCGUUAUGCGACUGCGUGCGAUAGUUGCGAAUUGAGCCCAAAUGUACAGCGGGAUGAGAGUGUGCGUAACGUGAUCAGUGAGUGAAACUUCAUUAUAUGUAUACAACUAUUUAUCUUAUUAGGAAUAUGCAUAUAUAUGCAAUGGUGGAGGUGCUCUCACCAAUCGUUCUUCUACGGAACUCACUCGUCCUGGGCUCUCGCUCAAAUCAAACAGGUAGCCGCACAUCAGCGCAUGAUAUAGACAGUAUGUUAUUACCGAAAAAGACAAGGGAGACUGAAAUGGCCAUUUCUGGCUUAUUAGCCGUCGCUAGGCAUGUCAAACCAAACCCCGAAGUGCGAAACACCUGGAGCUCUGUCUCGCGGGCCUUUGGAUAUAUAUCUAACGCCUCUAAUCAUCGAGUCUCGGGCUCGCUGUCCUGUCGAAUUCGAUCGGCUCGGGAAUAUACAAUGGUAGGGGGCGCUCACCGAUCGUUCCUACAGAACUCACUCUUGCCCUUGUGCCUAAAGCGCCCUCUUUUGAGCCCAACCAGCAGCCGCACCCCGCCAACUAACAAACAGUGCACCUAUUUUCAACAUAACAGUCAACCGAGUGUUUUUGACUAACCUCUGUCAGCAAAUUGAUCACUAACAGUAUGAGCAGAAGGAGGCCUUGAAUAAACAUCGGAAUUGCUAAAGAAAAACAUGUACUGAAAUCAAGGUAUUUGCAAACGCAUUAUUGCGAUGCUUUAACAUGGCAUCUAAGAAGGAUUAUUAGGAGUAAAGAAUAAAUUUCAGCCUAUCACAAUGUUUGACAAAAUAAGAAUACUAGGACGACAGUUAUCUCUGUAUGUAUCUAACCGAUAAUCACAACCGACGUAGGAUUGGAGUAUGGCUGUCCAAGUCCUAUAAGUAAGGUCGAGGCUUAAAUUCCGUUAAGUAUAUUACGGGAGUGCGACAAACUGGCAUAACACAAUGGCCUGCGCUGCAUAUGUGUAACCAAAUGCGCCACGUAAGUCAGUGUGACAGUUGGAGGUAAUUUGACAUGAAUAGUGGCAGCAAAUCUAGCGAACUAUGUCUGGAACACCGAUAACGCCAGAAAAAAAAACCAACAAGAUUAAUUUGUUGAAAAGUAAGAACACUGGUAGAAGUGGAGAAGAAGAAGAAGAAGAAGAAGAAGAAGAAGAAGAAGAAGGAGAAGAAGAAGAAAAAGAAGAAGGAGAAGAAGAAGAAGACGAAGAAGAAGAAGAAGAAGAAGAAGAAGAAGAGGGGUGGUAGAUCACCCGAACAUUGUGUUUAUUGUAUGGAGCUUUCGCACUCGUACAGAAAUCCGUCGUUUGAGAUCGUAACAGCACAAGAACUAACGAAACUUAUAGUGAAUGCUAACUAGUCAUCGAUCUAUGGCACAAGGCCGGAGGCGACUGCGCAGGACUGCACGCCGAUGCCAGAUCACCAAAUCAAUUGACUCAGUCCUCAUCCAGUGCCCAGAUUUUAAUCAUCACUCGGCCUCAUUUGUUUCCGGCGUAGGCGAUUGUCGUAAUGGCUGUGAAGUUAUACGCAUAACCCAUUUCGAUGAUGGAGGAGGCCACUUGCGGUAAUUCGUCGCUUCCUCGCAAAGCCAGCUUGUAUAUGCACGAUCGGAGCAUGCGCUCAGUCUAGCUGUGUAGUAACAUCGACAGUUUAUGUGCGAGAUGAGAUAAAUUAACCAAGAUGGCUCCUCAGAAUUUAAUCGGUCUUUAACUUUUAUGAACCUGCUGCAUAUGUUGGCUUUCGUGCGGAGUGCAGUUCCAACGUCUAACCCCACAGCAAUACGCUCGGUUGCAUCUGAACCGUCCUUGAUGUAUGUCAGAAAAUGCUCUAAGGUUGAUAGUGUUGAUGUUGAAGUCUUCUUGAGGCGCGAUUGCGUAGGCGGCGACUUAAAAUGCUAUCAAAUAGCCAUUCUGCAACAAAUGAUCGCGGAGUAACGGACCUCAGGUGGUCUUUCCUCCGGACUGCUGCAGUACGAAACUUUUUACAUUUGAAUUAACCUCUCAAGAAUGUCCUUGCUGUCAUCCUGGUAACCCAAUUCGCCGUCUGAUUGUUAACGCCGCGAGGUUUUCGGGAGUUUGAUCAAAGUUCGUGCAUAGAGUACAGCCACAAUAUGAAUUAAGUGAUAAAGCUAAAUAGCUGAAAACGACCAGAUGCAACAAUUGCACUACUUCGAUGAUGAAAAUAAGAAGUUUACUGAAAUUAAAGUUCGAAAAUAAUUUGAUCAAUAAACUCGUUCUCUUGUCUUCUUCGACUUUUUCGGAGGCGAUUAAACUAUAACAAAUCUGGACCUUGAAUAUUUUUGCAUACAUGUAUAUAUAUGCCACACACAGGUGUUCCCAUGCGUUUCCCAUUUCGGCGUUGGGUAUGACUGACUGAAGACGGCUGAUAAGCCAGACAUGACCAUUUCAGUCUCUGUUGUCUUUGUCGGUAAUGUUAUUCUGCCUAUAUACAUAUAUAUCUUUUAUGACACUGCUUGUACAGUACCUGUGCUAACUCAUGAAAUGUCGAGGUCAAAAUAAGAGUGGAAAAUGUUGCGUAUUUUUGGUGUUCUUAUUUGUGUUUAUUUAGUCGAAAUAAGGACAAAAAGGCCGUUUGCUGAAGGAAAGUUUGAUACGGAUCUGUAUAUUAAAUAGAAAACGGGCCGCAUUUCGGCGAAAUCGGAGGAUUCCUGAUAUUCAAGCAUUUUCCUACGCUAUUAAAGCUUUCGGAUCGAAAUUCUUUGUGUUACCUUAUUAAUCUGUUUAAGAAGAUUAAUGAAAGGACAAAAUUUUUCAAUAAACCUUCGAACAAAAAGAAAAAAUUAAAUUUCAAUAUCAAGAAAAUCAGGGAAAUGCAAAUAAAUUAUUUCUUAUUGUAUUCAGGAAAUAACGUGAGAUUCCUCAUCUAAAAAUUCUAUUUUACAAAUUCGUAAAGUUUUAUGUUUCAAAAUACCGAAAUAAAAAAGUUUAUCAGUGUGAUUGUUUUACCAGACUGAAAAUGCGUGUCGUAAACGAAUAUAUAUUGAGUUCGCGCGACAUGCCGUCACUUUUCUCUGCCACGCCAAACGAUACCUAUGUCUAAGCAAUACUUAUCCGAAGUUGACUUCCAGCGCAUUCGAAAAUUAGCGGCGGAGGGAAUCCCGCGUGAGUCGUUAGUUAGUAUUUUCAAUAUUAGCAAGGUCACUCUGUGGCGCAUUAUUAAUGAUAAAACUGUUCCUAGAAAUAAGAUAGGGGGACCCAAACGGUCCACAAGUAAGCAAGACGACGAUUUUAUUCGUCGUACAUUAAAAAAGUUUCAUUACAUGCCCAUUGAGACCAUUCAACGGGAACAUCUGCCGAUGUUUUCUAUGAACAUCAUUAGGAAAAGGAUGAAGGAAUUUGAACUGCAGCGGCGGAAGGCCAUGAUUAAGCCAUAUUUAAGUAGAAAACUAAUUAGAGAACGGCUUUUAUUUGCUAAAAAUUAUACUGAUUACAGAUCUUCAUUUUGGAAGAGCAUUUUCUUCUGCGAUGAGGUUCUAUUUUAGACAAGCCUACGAAAUCGCUCCAAACCGUCAUAUAUGGAAAGAACUUCCCAAGAGAACACACUACACCGACGGCAACAUUCAAGAACUGUCGGCGGAUGAUGGUUUGGAUGGCAGUUAAAUUCGGUGAGCGGCCUGUCUGGCGGUCAAUAUCCGACACCAUCAACAGCAAGGUGUUUAUUGCAAUUGUCAAGGAUGCUUUCGGCUACAACGGCAUAAGUCGGCGCCGAAUGGAUACUGUAAUUUUGCAGGACAAUGCACCUGUCCACCGCUCUAAAGAGGUACGAAUUUGAUGCCGCUUGCAAAUAUAAUCUAACAUUUUAGACAACAACCACCCUCUCCGCCAUCGGUCUCCAAUCCAUUUUCAUCCCGGCCAACAGUCCCGAUUUGAAUCCUAUCGAAAAUCUUUUUGGAAUAGUCAAAAGAAAUUGGCACAAAGCUAAGAAGACUCUUUCAAUGCAGGAAAAGUUGGAUUUCAUACUCAAUAAUUACAUUUCACAAUCCACCAUAGAUAACCUCGUCAUGUCUAUGUCUGACAGACUUUCUGCCGUUAUUAAUUCAAAUGGACAAUCAACAAAGUACUGGUUUUUUGUAUCUGUUUCUGUCCUUAAUUAUUUUUGCCUUUUUAUGCGCCCUCCACCUUUAUACGCCCUCAUACGUAGCCUUUAUUAACUAGGUUGUAAUAUAGGCGUUUCUCGAAAAUGUGACUUUUAUCGAAAAUCAUUUAUUUUUAUCUCAGUAAAUAAUAUUUUCUUAACCAAACUUUGCUUUAUUUCUUUGACACAUCUUUUAUUUUCCGCUAUCAAACUUUGGGAGCCGUAGUGUUUACCGAUUCUGCGUUUAAGUCGUUAACCUGUGUUAAUUCAUGACAUUUCAUGAGUUAGCACAGGUACUGUAAUAGUGUGAACUGACGUAAGUACAUCAGGCGAGCUAGGCCGGAUUUGUUUUUCUUUUUUAAAUAAUCUUAAAUUUUCGCGCUCUUGGUGGGUUUGUUGCGGGACAAAAAAUGAUUAACUUCCACGUCCUCAUCGGGUCAGGCGUCCGUGGGUCUUCAAGAUCAGCCAUUCGUCGCACCUGAAAAUCACUUGGUAAACUCACGAAUCUGGUGUGGUGACCAGCGGGAGGCGAGGGCAAAGGAGGUCAUCUUAUGCCAGGCACCUUCUCUUGCGGACGACCUCUGACAGAAUCCGUAGGGAUUGAGGGCAGUAUCCAAGAUCUAAGGUCUUGUUUCAGCCGAAUUACGCUGCUCCCGUUAGCGUAAGCCAAAAUUACCGCAACUUGAAAGUAAAUUAAUCAUCUGGUUUACGAUAAAGAAAUGUAAAAGGCUGCGCAGCUUAAUCAAAUUACAGGAAUUGGCAUACCUUUGAGAAAAUUAACUUAACUUGUGAAACGGCUCUUCGGAUAAAGAAGCAUUGUCAAAGAAAGGAUGCAAUACGGAGUAUUAUGCGGCACAAUCUAAGUAUAAUUUAGUAUCACCCCGGUGCCGACUUUUAAGUUCCCCCGUUUUCCCUUUUUCACUCUAGAGUUCCUUAUAAAUACAAGUGUGUUUUUCAGAAAACAUAUGUAAACAAUACUAUAAUUUUUCCAAUUUUUUGGCGGCUUACUGCUGCUUCAAUUGUUUUAUUGUCACAAAAUUUACCUUUCAGUUUUAAAAGGUUUAUUCUAGCCCUUAUAAUGUUGGAUCCGAUCGGCCGUUCAGCAUGCGUUUGAUUCCACAGUGCCCUAGCUCUAAACGUUUUUUUUAAAUGGAAUCGUACAUUUCUCUGACUAUUUAAUUAAUACAAGGAUCUACAAUUGAUGUGCUACCCCAUAACGUAAGUAGAAAUUCCGAAAUAUGUUUUCGACUCGAAAAAAGUGCUUACGUAGAACACCAAUGUUAAAAAUCGUGCAACAUAAUUCAAAGAUAAAUCAGUCACUCCAUGAUUCUGACAUUUGAAUGAAGGCAAAAAUCCAGUUCUUGAGAAAAAAAUGCAUAAGUGUUUCACAUUGGUUUUUGAGGACUUUACUUAUUCGAAUAUAUUUUACAAAAAGCCUUUACAAUACAAUUUUUCUUGCACUUAUUUGAUAGCAGAUAACAUCCUUCAAGUUUUUUUACUUGAAAGAAAAGUUUUCUUUAGUUUCAAAAAAUUGUCUGUUUAGAAGAGAUUUUGGAAUCACGAAACGUCCAUCCACACCGGAUCUCGUCUUAUACCUUAUUAAUGCUCCUUAAAAAGCAUACAAGAUAAUCCAAAUCUGUCACACAUUUUUGAGUCACAUAUUAUGGCUUUUUAACGAUCUUAAGAACUAUGUGAUAUUCCUUUGACGUGAUGUGUGGAACAUGUUGCUGGAAGACUCUGAAUGAAAGGGAGAAGGUGGAUGGAGCAAACAUUCCACGAAAAUUUUUAAAAAAUUUAGAAACUGAAAGAUAUUUUCUCGUUAAAAAGAUUAUUUGCAGAAGACGCAAUUUGCUACUAAAAAUAAGCAUGAGAGAAUAUCGUUUUGCUCAUUCAUUAUAUAUAUUAUAUAUUUGAAAUCAAAAACGUUCUUUGGGAAAGGGAGAAAAUAUAUAUAUAUGAUGACAGAUGGGCGCUCAUCAUCUCAUCUAUAUAUAUAUAAUAUACUUGGAUAUAAGAGGAAAUUAAAGCUCAGUGAAAAAACGUCAUAUCAUUUAGCAGACCGCUUUAAAGAGAUUCCCUUAUAUUACUGAACUAUUUUGGGAUUUUAGCACAAGCCUGUUAACAAAUAACUCCACUCAAGAAUCAAUUUUCGAUCAAAAAUACAUUUCCUAAUUUCGGUGAAGAAUUCAUAAGCUGAAUCAGCUAUUUCAUAUGCAAUGCUAUUUUGACAGGUAUUUUACGGACUUAAAAUCCCAUGAUCCAAAGUACAAAUUCGUUUUAGACUGCCAGGUUUGAAAGGGAUGAGUCUUUUACAAACCCAGCAAGCUAAAAAGACAACUAGUAUAUGUGAUUAAUUACCAGUUUGUUCUUAUUUAUAACUGUAUCAGAACUCAACUUUCAAACUGGUAGUAUGCGAGUUACUAAAACCCAUAUAAUGAAGUUUCUAAAAAAAACCUCAAAGACCUGCACUAAGUGUCAGAAGCUAAGUGGUAACACUACAUUACCGUGGCAGCUGAAUCCAAACGAAAAAUCAUAUUUACUGCUUUCGCUAGUGUUUUCUGGAACAACCAACCUAGUAAGCAUAUAUGUGUAACAGAUUGAAUUUGCGGACAAUUUCUCCAGAAGUAAAAAAUAUUACAGUAGCAAUAAUCAGUGGAGUGAGGAAGGCAAAUCAAUGAAUCUUAAAAUUUGACAUAAUUCAGUGAUAAAUAUCAAAUAAAACUUGACAGUUUGACAAAUUCUAAACAGCAGAUAACUGGGUCUGAUAAUGUCCUUGUACAUACAACCUAGCUGGCCUGUCACUAUUUUCUAGCUUUUACUAUGAACGCUCUCAAUAAUCUUGGCUGCGUAGAUAGUAAGACUAAAUUUAAAAUAAGUUGUCUCGAAAGUUAAUGAAACAGCCCAUUGAAUUUAAACCUUGCUGGAAUGAAAGUUAACUCAGACACAACAAUUACCACAGUGAUUUAAAAUAGUAUUUUGCUGGCCACUUAUGUCUUGCUUUGAAUGAAAAACUCAACCACGCAGGUCAGACAAAACGCCUGUUUAGAUCACACAUGCACUAAGUGACCUCUCUCACUAAACUUGACAGCGGCAAAUGAUGCGAUAAUUUUGGCCGUCUUUAAUGUUACGAAUUUUUCAUGUCCAUCCAGCCUCUUCACUAAAAUGUCAUUUCCUUAUGCAGAAACUGUAUGCACGUAAUUUUUAAAAAAAAAAUCGUUCAUAACUUUGAGUGACAAAGACCUUUGCGGUAUAUUUGGUCAAUGUUCUAUUUUAAUACACUGUCCUACACUUUGGUGGGAUAUCCAAGCAUGUUUUUAAACGAAAAGAGUAGAGUUUGCUCUCAAAGUUUCUAACGAACAGAUGUUGCUGCGCUUGAAAAUUGUCUUCUGACUGAUGCUAACCGUGGGAAUCAGCUUGACAACAAAAAUGAAUUUUAUGAUAAUCAGAUAAUUUAUUCAUUUUAAGAAGUCAUAUUGGCAGAUCGGAACGACUUUAUGCCCUUAAGUUCAGCAAUUACAUGUACAGGCGAUUUAUUGUUUUAAUGAAUUGAAAUUAUUUUCCCGUUAAGAAAAUACAACGUUUUGCCAUAGAAACAACUACACCGACCACUCAUUUUCAAUUUUAAACAUAUGAGACACUUUAUUUUUCCGCAGGUAAGCUUCUGCUCAUACCUUAUUCAGAAAAAGAAUAAGGAAGACAUCAAAAGUUUCAGAAAACUAUCAAUAUUUUUAAGGGCUUUUCCAGUCGUGGAAUGGAAUCUAAAAUCGGGCAUAAACAGUGCAAAUGUCCGCAAUAUAAAAGGUAAAGCACGUUUACGGCAGGAAAAUACUAGUAUUGUUUAAGAAGUGAAAAAAGCGGUCAAAGGUUUCAUAUUUUUUCUUGGCCUCAUCGUGCGAAAAUGCAAAGUAAAGUACACAGCAAUUGCUCAAGGGAGCGCAGUAGUAGAACUCACCACAGUGAGCUUACUUAAUAGGAAAAGCCUACUACUUGACCGAUGGAAUAUUUUUUUCUGGCAGUAAUAGUGGACACUGAGGUCUUUUGUUUAAAUAAGUGUUCACAUGUGACCUAAACGACCAUCUACAUGAAAAAGAACGCCAAAACGCUCACUACUACGAUAAAUGCUUCUCAGAAGUAACUUAUUUUAAGGUUUUGGCAGACACAAGAUAGCAUCUGUCUUUAUGAAUGACCAAAUGACAAUCCUGAAAAUCAUGAAGUAUCCGGAAAUAUUUUACGGUCGAUAGGAACUUCAUCGUUAUCUACAACAGAUGGAAAGUAUAAAUUAGUUUUAAGGAGGGAAAAGGUCUAUUUGUAAGCAAAAAAAAUAAUGUGUUUAAGACCGCACAUACCAAUUUUAUUUGGAUUUACUAGACAUCGAUUGGCCCGGCAACAUAUAAACUUAGAAGAUUUCUGUUUCUAUGACGUCUGCAUCGGUAAAAUCAAGCAAAAUCCUGGUUCACUUAUUGGACAACAUAGGAAUCAGUUCAAAGGCGUGGAAGAUACCACGAACCUUCGGAAACUAUUUUGCGAUCUAUACCUAGAAUAUGGGCUGUUUGCGAACCAGCAUACCUGAAAUUGAACGGAUUUCUUUAGGAAGUUUAGGCGAAAUCUUCAUUGAAACACUAUUUCUAAACGCUGGUUUAUUUGUCUUAUUAUAUAGUCAUUUUUUUCCAUGAUAAGCCAACCAGUAAAUCGGAAAACGAUGUGGACUAAAUUACGACAAUUUUGGACUUUUUCUGGACUUUGCGCCUCUCUAAAAAUUGGCAUGUCAGAUUAACACGACGCUGCCCUACGUAUUGCUUUUAUCUUAUUGAUUCUUUUAAAGUUGUACUUAGUUAACAAAGGCAUUCUGUCCAUGGUGUCGGUUCGUAAGUUAUUGACAAUCAUUCGUAAAUUUCAACAACUUCAAUGAAUCAGGUUACCUACUGUACACGAACAUAGGUUAGCUGAGCGACGGAGCGACGAGUUAUCACAUGUGAACGCACGCAUCUUUGAAACGAAACAUAAAUUUAGUUUAUAGCCGUCAAGAUAUUCGUGCACAGAAAAGGCAAGACAAGCCGGGACUAGAUCAAAAUCGGUUUUAGAUGACAGCAAUGUUUUUCAAUCUGUGGACGGGUGUGCGGAUUAUCGUUCAGCAUACCAUAAGAUAUUUAAAUUGCAACAGUGUGUCGGCCUUUGAAGGGGCUUCCUUUCAUCCGUCGCAAAAAGUAUACGUUUUAAAAAAUGGUUACUUAAUUAGCAUGAACUUUUUCCAUUACUUUUCAAUGCACACAAACAGCCUGUGUUCGUUGGACAGCGAAUCGCUUCUUUGCCAAAGUUCGUACGUUAGAAGACAUCGUCGGUCUUAAUAAAAUUUGUAAUCUAAACAUGUUUAAGACCGUAAGAUUUCUAGUCACGUAGCAUCGCAGUGGCACGGUUUUUGAGGCUCAUUUUAAUAUAUGCUACCUGGUGCACAUAUGUUGCACGGUACUAUGAGUCGAAUAUGACAUAUUUCUAACGGUGAAGAUAAGUAUGUGAAUAUCCUUUAAUUAAUCGCGUACAGCAUUUAGGUUGGAAACCUCGAAUGCAUUUGUAAAGGAAGAUGAGCAAAAAGAAUUUGAGAUUAAAAAUUUCAAAAUUUCAAAAAUUGACUCUCCUUAAAUAUAACUUUGAAAGAAGUCGCAGCUGUCUCUGCAGAAGCACAAAAGAAGAUAUUUUUAUGUAACCGAACUUACAAGAGGUCGAUAAUCAUCGAAAAAAAUUAUACUGUUAAAGUAACCACAAUUUAACAAGUGCUGUUUUUGUAAACGGUCGAAAAGAAAUUCAUCCAAAUGACGGUAUCCCGCGCGCGACUGGAAUACCCUCAGAUUGUCUUCCAUGAUUAUUCAUAUAACAACAUCGAUAAAUCAAUCUUUUCAAAUCUGUCAUUUAUUGCUUAAUUUUGGUCAAUAUUUCAUGAGGAAGCAGAUCUACGGUAUAUAACUGCGGAUUUUUAUUCGGUUGAGAUUGACGCUGUCGGCCUAAAAGUUAAUGCUUUCUCUCCCUCAUGUAUAAUUACCAGUUUUAAAGAUUCUAGAACCUUGUUGGGAAAUAUCUAGUGUUAUUAGCAUGUUAGUCACUGGCUUUAAGCCAGCCAGCAACACUUGAGCCAGAGAAAUAAUAUACUUUCCACCAACAUUAGCCGAUUGAAGAUGAGGGGUUUUCCCCAGUCUCACUGACUGAAAAUUUGCAAACCUACUUUAAUAGGCUUAGUGAACAAAUGGUCGAUUCAAAGGCUUACUUUUCGAAACAUUCGAGUUUAAGUUUUGUAAGAACCUCGCCAAGCAAUUUAGCCUCUUUAAUUUUUGUGUCAUCGCUCGAAAAGUUAAUGAUUAAAAUAUUUUACAAUAUCUUAGAUUGUAAUAUGGUUGCGCCAUCGCCUGUAUUCAGCUGCAAAUUGUCUCAGGGCUACAUAUACGAGAUGAUCGCAACGUAGUUGAGAAACAGGUGUUACGGAACUCUAGAAAUCGUGCAAAAAUAGAUUAGUCAUAUUCACAGUUCAGUUUGUAAACAAAGCUUAUGUCAAUAAGGCUCGUUUUGGCAUAUUUAAAAUAAUUCACUUUGACCCAACUGUGGAAAACUCCGCGCGUUGGUGGGAUUCGAACCCAGAACAUUUGGGAAAGGCUUUAUUACGGCCGACGCUCUAAGCAUCUGAGUAACGAGGCCCCGCCGGACGACGCGAGUUUAAUCACAUGUGGGUCAAGGUUACCCGCUCAACAUACUACAACGUCUGGAAUUCACUUAAUAUGAUACAGCAAGCUGGCUUCCCAAGAAGGAUUUCGUAGGUAAUACAUAUACAAUCCACCAGAUGAUUACCAGGCUCAUGUAAUUCAGAGGUGUUUUCGCAGAUUUAAACUAAUUCACUUUGACCCAACUGGUUAGAGGCGCCAGGUUUUUCACAGGUAUAUAAAAGGGAAUUAUGUCAAUUAGUUGAAACAGAAGGUCUUACGAACUUAAAACUCCCCGAACUUUUGACUCACUACAUUAUGCUUUGGGUGAGAUCACUAGUGUGAGGAAUAGAUAGCAAUUGGGGACGAAAACAAAAUCGCUUGAUAUCAAUCUCUGCAGAAGACCCCGAAAUCAAGUGGACUGUAAUUUCUACUCACAUGAUCAAAGAAAAUACAUACGGGGCCCAUUUAAUGGGUCAUUAAAACCUCAUCAAAUGCUUCUGUUCUGGUUUUGUACGACUAAACAGACGAAUGAAGAACCGGAUAGAGCAGCUGUACAUUGGCUUAUCCAAAUUCUUGCGUUAUGUCCUACCAAUAGAAGCGAAGAGACGAGGCCCAGGAAGCAGUCUUGAAGAAGGAGACACGAUCGCUGAGACAAGAGCUUUAUUAGCCUAACGGUUCGGAUUCCUGCUCGAACCCAUCAUCCGAGACAAAGUAGAUACGAGUGGUUCAUGCCCAAGGGUCUGCAGUAUUUUUAGGAUGAAGUAACCAUGCUACCGCAUACCUAUGAACAUUCACGCCUCCCCCCUUCACCAGAGAUCGUUGCACGUGGUUUGAUGGCCGACAUUCGCGCUGUUAAUUGCUGCAAUUUCAUCACGUACGUUGGAUGCUGGUGUGAUGAUUGCUCAACCAUCUGACGCGUUGACACUGGUGUUGGGUAAAGUGUUCACCUGUGCGCUCCUCGCGUGGCUAAUUACUCCGGCUAAUUAAUUCCAAGUAUGGAAUUGGAAGAUCAUUGCACUUGUUAAUUGACUGGGCCCCAGUAAACCAUGACUCAAGCAGCUCCCCGCUCACGCAUUUGUCCCUUCUUGCAAGAGCUUUGUCCUCAUCAAAUUACGUCCGUUAAGAAGUUCCGCUUUUGGACGUACUUCGCGUUCGAAGUGACAAUCUACGAACAGGUGAAGGGCACACCAAUGGGUUCGCCGAUUUCGGGAUUCAUCGCCGAGGCGGUCCUGCAACGGUUAGAGUCGCUGGUCUUCCAACACCACAGACCGACGUUGUGGGCUCGCUAUGUGGAUGAUACCUUCGUCGUCAUUGAGCGCGAUCAACUGCUGACAUUCAAGGAACGUCUGAAUGCGGUCUUCCCGGACAUACAAUUUACGAUGGAGGAGGAAGAGAACAACCAGCUGGCCUUCCUGGAUGUCCUCGUAUGCCGCAAGGAUUGCGGUGGACUAAAGACCAUUGUUCAGGAAAGCGACAAAUACGAUGCAAGUACUGAACUUCAACCGCAACCACCCAAUCAGCCACAAACGCAGUUGUGUUAG